AUGACGACGGUAAAGACCGACGAGCCACAGGCCCUCGUCUUUGGGGCAUCCGGUAUUACCGGUUGGGCGAUAAUAAACGCGGCUUUAUCUUAUCCAACGCCCACCACUUUUAAGCGGAUCGUGGGUCUCACGAGCCGGCCAUUGAGCGUUGAGGACGCGGGGCUCCCUACAGAUCAACGGUUACGGCUUUAUUCCGGCCUCGACUUGUCAAAAGAUUCUCAAAGCAUUAUUGACUACUUGGGCAAGAUCGAAAAUAUCCAAGAAAUCACUCAUGUUUAUUUCGCAGCAUAUGUCCAUCGUGGGUGGGGGGAUGAGGGCUCCGAGGAACGCAAACGAGAGAAUAUAGACUUCAUCACCAAUGCGGUAGUUGCAGUAGAGAAUGUCUGUCCGAACCUUCAAUUCUGGACAUUCCCGACUGGUGGGAAGUGGUACGGAUUUGAAUUUGGAGAUAAAGUGGAGAGGGUUGUCCCUCUUAAAGAGAGCGCACCAAGAGUACCAGCCCCGUACGGAGACCAUAUUUUCUAUUACCCCCAAAUCGACACGUUGGCCAAGCUCUCCAAAGACAAGAACUGGAAAUUUGCGGACAUCCGCCCAGAUGCAAUUGUCGGCUUCGUCCCAAACCACAACCCGAUGAACAUAGCAGAGCCCCUUGGCCUCUACCUCUCCCUGUGGAAGUCUCUUUCGCCCUCUCUCGAUGUCCCAUUCCCAGGAACGGAAGAAUCGUACACUCACCUCCAAUCCAACAUCUCCUCUGAUCAGCUAGGGCGUUUUCACAUCUAUGCCUCCCUGCAUCCAGAGAAGACGGCAGGGAAGUCAUUCAAUAUUGCAGAUGUAGACGAGGGGCUGAGCUGGGAGAUGACAUGGCCUGGUAUAGCGGCCUAUUUUGGGCUGAAGGGAGUAGGCCCCGUAGCAAAGGGGGGAUUGAGCGGUGAGGAAUGGGUCAAGGCGCAGAAGGGGAAGUGGGAUAGUUGGACGAAAGAGAAAGGCUUGAGACAGAAGGUACUGGAUAAUACCUGUUGGUCUUUCAUGACUAUUGUGGCUGGUCCGUACUCGACCUUCGAUCGCCAUUUUGACCUCACUGAGGCGAGAAGCAUUGGCUUUAAUGAAUCCGUUGACCACAUUAAGGGGUAUCAUAUUGCCUUUGACAGAAUGAGAGCUAGAAAGAUCAUUCCAUAG